CAAAACGCAUGUGGUGCUCCUCGGGUGCGGUUCGGCUCGCGCUCGGCGGUCCUCGAUAUAUCGACUGCGCACCGCGUCGGUGAGUGUUGGCUACCGCGGCUCGGCUACAAGGAACGCUCUAACGAAGGCAUGGUGCGUUCGCUCGUGCCGUGUGCCUAUGACGCGAGUCACGUGAGGACCCCCGGCGUUUGUGGCUCGCAUUCAGGCGGAAAAUUGCUCUUGGUCGCACCUUUACGACUCGCCAUGGAUGAUAUCCUCAUUUUGGACCGCCUCCAUCAAGGCUUGUCGGCCACUCCUACGCCCUCACCCCUGCCCGACUUGGUGACAUCGUGUCGAGGGGUGGGCCACUCCUCGACACAGACCGAGCAGACGCCCUACGGUGCGAGCCCCUGUCGAGACGGAGCGAAGGUUGUGGGUCGAAGACUCCGGUAUCUCUCGGACACGCUGGACACUGCACCGAGAAAGCAACACAAGACCGGAGAAGCAGUUCUUCACGACUGGCUCACGGACUUCUUGGCGACAUGCAUGAGCUCAGUGGUCACGUGGUGGAAGAGCUCGGUGUGAAGGAACAAUGAGCGUGUGAAGUUUGAGCAUGAGUGAAAAAAAAAAGAAAACGUAUUGUGACCUUGGACUUAUACGGGCCACGACCGUAUUUGAGCAGUGCAAGAACUUCAUCGGCAGCUCCGACUGUUUCAUCGCCUCCACGGCCAUGGAAGUGCUGUCACACCAAGAACUCAUCACCCUUGCAUACAUUCAAGCGCACACACUGCCAAGAACUGUUUUUAUUUACACAUCACAUCACCAGAUGGCUUUUAAUGAUCUGAUAAAACGAGUGACAUUUCGCGAAAACGUACAAGUGCUGCUUCGUUCGCAACAAAUGUACGAGAAUGGCACAAAUUGAGUGUUCUUUGUGCCUACGCAUCGAAGACGUGACCAUCAGUCGUUGACCAAGAACAUGGCAAAGGGGAAGGAAGGUUCAUGAAAGGAAAAAUUGACGUUCACCCGUAUGUAGCAUGAAGCUAUAAAAGAAACCCAAAUGGGCUUGUCAGAGACGAAGUUUCGUUGUUGAAUAAAUUUUUUUUUAGUGACAAGGCUUUAUUUUUGAGAAACCAGCAUAGUUUUCCUUUGUAGCUUAGCGCCACAUAUUGGUGAUUGUCAAUUUUUCCUUUCAUGAAGACUGAGUAUAAAUGAAGUGUAGGCUUGUGCGCGUGCGAGAAUUAAGAAUUGAAGCGAAAAUUCGAGCCGGAUUGCAGAGCGCAGACUAGUACUGAACUCAACUUUUACACGUUUUCUUUGAAACAAGUUCUUAUUUGUAUUCCACAUUUCACUUAUGCCUCAUUCUGGGUCAUUGAAUGGGCUGUGAUUCGUACUUUUCAAACACAAAUACUGUCUGGGCUCAUAUUCCAUUUUCAUACCCUAAGCCUAGUCUAUGAAGUAUAAAGAUUACACAGAUUCAGCCCAGAGACACAAUGUUCUUGCUCAUUGGAAGCUUCCGAUUGGUAUAUUUUAUCCAGUGGCACUGUCCUCAAAAUCGGCAACCUCAGGUGUAAUUAGUGAGGAGCAUAAGAAAAAAGUAUACGGAAAGUUUUUAACGUUUGUGUAAGCUGCUCAUACUUUGAACAUUCCAGCCACGUAAUAGAAGUUUGUGAAUGAAAAUAUUACUUCAUUCUCGCACAGUGUAUUUUGAUAAGACGCUAAAAACGAAAAUGAGCAAUAAAAUACAUAUUGCACAAUUUUUGAACUGGUCUGCUUACUUUGAA